GCUAACAAGCAGUCACGUUACACAUUUUCCGUCGUCGAGUUUUUCCCCUAAAAUAAAUUAAUUGUUCCGUUCAUUAGAAUGCCGCGGCACAGGACACUUGUGGACAUUAGCCACCGCAUCAUGAAGCGCUUCCAGCAGCUGGAUCUGCAGGUGGCCGAGGAGUUCGUCAUCUUCGCGGUUCACCUGCUGGCCAGGGAUCAGCGACGAGGUCUGCUUAAGUCCGACCUGAAUAAGCCUACCGCUUGCGCCAUUGAGUCUUUUGUGAACACAAUAGUGGAUAGCUAUGUGAAUCCGAUGGAUUGUACAAUGGCCAAUAUGAGAAUGGCGUGGGUGAUGAAGAAAGGCGUCACUAUAGACCUUGAGUAUGUCAAGAAGCAAUACGAGGAAAAGUUCCAAACAGAACUGCAGGUGCUCAUCAGGGAUAUACUCCAGUACCCAGAGACCUGCAAUAAGGUGCAGCUGGACCAGCUCUUCGCCAAGAUGCAGGUCUUCGUCGUGGCCUGCUACAAUCUGGGCUCGCCCAAGAACCAUGUGCUGCUCAAGCUGACGGCCGAGGCUCUGAACAGCGUGAUCGGGCGCAGUGAUCUGCAGAACUAUGUGUUGAAGAAGAAGUACCAUCGGCUGGAAUAUCUUCAGAGAUUGGCGGCUACUGUGGCCGGCAUUGUGAUCUAUAACAACGAUGGUCCCGACGGCGAUCGGGAGAAUGUGAGAAGUGUGGUUGAUGAUCUAGAAAUGGCCCAAAAAAACACUGAAGCUGCAUUUUCAGCCAGCAUGGAAAGGGCUGUGAAGAUGCGAUCCAUCUGCCAGGCGGCCCUCGAUGACCUCGUGAAGAUUGACCACAAGGACGAGACCUUGACCUAUCGAGUGCCGCUCGAGCACCUGGACCGCCUGAACCAGCUCUCGCUGACCUACUUCAUGCAGCACCGCUGUCUGACCACUCUGAGCGAGCACUACCACAGCACAGUGUACCUCAUCGAAGUGGAGCAGAAGCGCUACAACUGUGUGGUGGCCAAGAUUAACGACACCCUCUCCAUGCGCACCGCCAUCGAUUCGGAGCUGGUCUUUCCACACUUUGUGUACAUCUCGCAGGUUUGGGGUAACCUGAACAACUUCCUUAACCACAUUGUUGAGUUGAACAAGCUGAGGGAGCAGGUGGAGGCGUUGGUGGUCGACGACUUAAUGAACCUGGUCAAGACCACUAUUGCCGAGCUGCAGGCCCUGCAUAAACGCAUAAAGAAGCCCAAGGUUUGCACUUUUGAGGAGCGCAUGGAUGCUGUGAAGGAGCUGCAGACGGAUGGCAACUUUUGCAGCCUCAACAAGGCGGAUAUAAAGGAGUUUUGCUCCCUAGCCAUGACUGUAACGAAUGGUUUGCUUACGCCGGCCCAAAUAACCAGAAAACUUUGCUCAAAUGUGGACAUUACUUUCGGCUUCCGGGACGCGAGAUACGCUCGCUUCGCUGAGCUCCGAUUUGAGCCUUUCAUAGACGCCUUUAGGAAAGUGGUUUUCAACAGUGCCAACCUGGCGCUUCUCUUUAAGCUGGACGACGUGCUGAUAGCCCAGGAGCUGCAGGGCCUAAUUGUUGAGCCGCCAAAGAAAAAGGAUUUUAAUUCUCAAACAGAAAUGGUUGUCACCAAUGACCUAUCGCCGUCCAACUGGAUUAACGUAACGUGGAAUGCCUGGGACUACCAUAGGGAAACUAUCCACUUGGCCAACAUCCGUAAGAAGCAAACUAGUGACAUGCAAACCAAAAUCAGCUACGGGCAGCGAAACGCCCAGAACCAAACCUACAACACUCGGCAGCAUUUGUGAUGAGAACAGGAAAACAUACACAUAAACUCACCAGUUUUUGAUCUGCUUAAGUCGAAAAACCCAAACACGCGAUUCACAAUGAAGUAAAUGUAAUGGUCCUGCCACAC